AUGGAGUUGCUAUGGAAACUGAUGAUGCUGCUAUCAUUUGCGGAGUUCCUUGCAGGAAACAACGUCCUGCUGAGGCCUGUGUUCACCAAACAACCAGGCAGUGUGGUGUUUCCCGUCCACCCCACUGAGACCAGCAGAGAGGUGGUGUUCAGCUGUGAGGCCCAGGGACAUCCACCUCCCUUCUACAGGUGGAAGCUGAAUGACUCCUUCAUUGUACCUAGAUCAGGGUCACGCUAUGCCCUCACUGGGGGCAACCUACGCAUCAGCCAUCUGAACAAAGAGGAGGACGUCGGGAUCUACCAGUGUCUGGCAACCAACUCUUUCGGCACCAUCGUCAGCAGAGAAGCUAGUCUACAUAUAGCUUACUUGGAGAAUUUCAAGACACAGAGUCGAAGUCCAGUGAGGGUUCGUGAGGGCCAAGGAGUGGUCCUACUCUGUGGCCCACCACCCCACUCUGGAGAGCUCACCUUCACCUGGAUCUUUAAUGAGUACCCAUCCUUUGUGAUGCAAGACACUCGUCGCUUCGUAUCUCAAAAGACGGGUAACCUGUACAUUGCCAUGGUGGAGCCAUCAGACGUGGGCAACUACACCUGUGUGGUGACCAACACAGUCACCAAAAGUAGCAUUCAAGGCCCCCCCACCCCUUUAGUGCUACGUGUUGAUGGUGUAAUGGGUGAAUAUGAGCCAAAGAUUGAAAUCCAGCUUCCCGACGUCAUACCUGUGGCCAAGAGUUCCACUGUCAAACUGGAGUGUUUUGCACUGGGAAACCCAGUUCCAACCAUUAGCUGGAGAAGAGUGGAUGGGGUAGCAGUUGGACGAAAGGUGGGCGUGAACAAAGCCAGCGGAGUGCUCGAGAUCCCCUACUUCCAGCCGGAAGAUGCAGGCCUGUACGAAUGUGUUGCCGAAAACUCCAAAGGGAGGAACUCGGUUAAAGGAAAGCUCUCUUUCUAUGCUCCCCCUCACCUGAUCGAGGAGCCUCAGGAUGCUCAGAAGCCAAUCGAUGACACCCUGGUGUGGGAGUGCAAGGCCAGUGCCAAGCCGAAGUCCUCGUACCGAUGGCUGAAAAACGGCGAGCCUCUGGACACGAUGGUGGACAGAGUGCAAGUGAACAACGGAGUCCUGACCAUCAGCAGCUUGAAGCUGGCCGAUAUUGGGAUGUACCAGUGUGUUGCAGAGAAUAAACAUGGUCGGGUCUUCACCAACACUGAACUCCGAGUUAUAGCUGUAGCCCCAGAUUUCUCCCAGAACAUGCUGAAGCCUCAGACCCUGGCCAGGCAGGGGGGUGACGUGCUGAUUGAGUGCAGGCCUAAGAUGUCUCCACACGGGAUGAUCUCCUGGAGGAAGGGGAAAGAAGCACUCCGAGAGAGCCACAGAGUCUCAGUGUUGGACAAUGGAAGUCUUCGAAUAGCAAACGUUACCAAAAUGGAUGUCGGCCUCUACACCUGCGUGGCAAGGAACCAGUUUGGAGUGGCAAGCAGUGCUGGGAGUCUUUUGGUUAAAGAGACAACUAUUAUCACCAGCCCAGCUGGGCAUUUGGACGUGACGGUGGGCGAGAGCAUUGUCCUCCCCUGCCAAGUCUCCCAUGACCCCACGCUCGAUUUGAAAUUCACCUGGUUCUUCAACGAACAGCUCAUCCACUUUGGAAACCACGGGGGCUAUUUUGAGAAAGUUGGCGGACAGCGCUCAGCAGGUGACAUCAUGAUCCGUAACAUUCAGCUGAGGCAUGCUGGGAAGUAUACCUGUGCUGUCCAGACCAAGGUGGACAGUGUCUCCAUCGCCACCGAUGUGGUAGUUAGAGGUGCUCCAGGCCCACCUGUGGACUUCCAGGUGACAGAGAUGACAGACAGCACAGCAUCUCUCUCCUGGGGACCGGGUCCUGACAACCACAGCCCAGUCCUCACCCACAACAUCCAGGCCCGCACAACUUUUUCACUGGGCUGGCAGGGAGUCAUCACAGUUCCUGAACUUCUUGGGGGCAAACAGCUGACAGCCACUGUCAUUGACCUCAGUCCGUGGGUGGAGUAUGAGUUCAGAGUGCUGGCAACCAACGCCAUCGGAACAGGAGAGCCCAGCAAACCUUCCAAAAAAGCCCGGACCAAAGACAUGCCUCCCAAGAUAACACCAUCCAGAGUGAACGGAGGGGGUGGUGGUCGCUCGGAGCUUGUCAUCACUUGGGAGCCUGUCCCUGAAGAGCUACAGAGUGGCCCAGGAUUUGGCUAUGUGGUAGCUUUCCGACCUCAGGGGGCUCAAGGCUGGAUGCAGGCUGCAGUCACCUCCCCCGACGCCUCCAGAUACAUCUUCAAGAACGAGAGCAUCGCUCCCUUCUCUCCGUUUCAUGUGAAAGUGGGCGUGUACAAUAACAAAGGGGAGGGCCCCUUUGGGCCGGUGGCCACCAUCUACUCUGCAGAGGAAGAGCCCAGCAGAGCCCCGGGUAGGGUGCGGGCCAGGAGUGUGUCGGCAUCGGAGGUAGAGGCCACCUGGAAGGCCCUGCCCUGGAGCAACAAUAGGAGACGCAUCCUGGGCUACGAGCUGAGGUACUGGGGUGAGAGGGAGAGACAGGAGACAGCCAGUGUGAUCAGGACCAUGGGUAACCGGACGUCUGUGGUGAUCAGAGGCCUGGAGGGCAGCAGAACCUACUUUAUCUCCCUCCGAGCGUACAACAGUGCCGGGGUGGGCCCUCACUGUGCCACAGUCAAUGUCACCACCAAGAAACCCCCCCCAAGCCAGGCACCGGUGAAGAUCAUAUGGAACACCUCAAACUCAAAGGUCAUCCUCAAAUGGGAUCAUGUCAGAGCUCUGGAGAACGAGUCCGAGGUCACUGGUUACAAAGUGAUGUACACACAGGACAGACACAGUCGUCCCAACGUGGUCGAAACCAACACCACGUCUCUGGAGCUGGCGCUACCCGUCAACGAGGACUAUGUCAUCCAGAUCAAACCAUUCAGCGAGGGAGGAGAGGGGAGUAGCAGUAGACAAAUCACUAUUCCCAGGAUAGCAGGUUCAAUGGCCAUUGGUGCAGCCCCGGAGUCAUCAGCGUUAUCCGUGGUCAAUAUGCUAGCACUCUAUUUCACAGCCAGGACGUUCCUAUGA